AUGGAGUCAGUUUUAAAGAUGAAGGAGUUGAGGCGGAGGACGGUGAGGAGGUUCUUGGAGGAUCUUGGAUCCGCGAGUAAUGAGCGGAAGAAAUUGGGGGUUUGCCCCUAUUUGCUUGUAGAAAUCUUGAAAUUAUUUGAAAACCGCGAAGUCUCAUUUGCAUUUUUCAAGUUCUGUGAUGCUUCGGAAUUCAUAGUCCAGUCGUGUUGUAUUGUCGCACAUGUCUUGGCUGCUGAGGGGUUGAGGUUGAUGGCACAGGAUGUUCUCUCUUCUGUAAUUAGUAGAAUUGGUGAAUGUAGGAGUAAUGAGUUGGUAGAGUUUAUGUGGAGAGAGCAUAGCAAGUAUGAGUCAGAUUUCUCGGUUCUUGAUUCUUUGAUGAGGGCGUUUGUGAAUACAGAUAUGGGUUCCCAAGCAUUGAAAAUCUGGGAUAGAAUGAGGGAGGUCAGAAUUAGACCAAGUUUAUCAGCUGUUAGCAUUUUCUUUGCGCUGCUAAUUAGAGUUGGUGAUUAUGGUAGUGUAUGGAAGUUAUUUAGAGAUAUGAUCCAAAGGGGACCUUGCCCAAAUAUUUUUGUGUAUAAUGUGAUGAUUCUUGGCUUUUGUAGAAAAGGGUGUGUUAGAACAGGAGAAAGCUUGUUGUUUUUGAUGAGGAAGUAUGGUUGUGAACCUGAUGUUAUUGCACAUAAUUUGCUAAUAAGUGCAUAUUGUGUGAGAGGCUGGACAUCUCAUUCUCUGAAUUGGGCGCAUUUUAUGGCGGAAAGCGGUUGUGAACCAAGCACUGCCACAUUUGUUACAAUUAUUAAUGCACUCUGCAAGGAGGGCAACAUUGUAGAAGCAAGGAAAAUAUUUGAAGAAAUGCAAGAAAUGGGUGUUUCACCAGGCACUGUGACAUACAAUGCUUUGAUGGAUGGCCAUGUAAAGGCAAGAGAAAUUGGUGAGGCUAAUAUGCUCUAUGAGGAAAUGCGGACUAUGAGAGUUGCUCCUGAUGGUAUAACUUUUAACAUUUUGGUUGCAGGAAACUACAAAUAUGGGAGGGAAGAUGACAGGUUCUUAAGGGAAUUAUCUAUGAUGGCUUUGAUUCCUGAUUGUUCAAUAUCUGACAUGUCCAUUUCAGGAUUGUGUUGGGCAGGAAGGUUAGAUGAGGCUUUGUGUGAGAACCCCAAAAAUAUAUAUAAGCCUAUGCAUAUUUCAUUUGCAUUCUUAAUCCUUAAAUAA